UCUUGCCCCUCUCUCCCAUUUUUCUCUCCCCGCCGGUCUCCUUGGUCACACACAUGCACACACACCACUCACGCACACACGAACACUGACGAGGGCUCAGACCCCGCUAUGGCCACUGCCACCACCGAGGACAGCUCUCCGGUCCCGGCCGCCACAGCACCUCAGCAGCCCGACCUGGAAACUAGCGUAGAACCCGGCUCGGCGGCACAGACCGAGCCCAGAGAGGCCCGGUGUGGCGGAGAGGAAAAGGAGGAUGAGGAGGAAGAGGACGUGGGAGGAAGCCCUGCUCCGCAGGACAAUGCAGCGAGGGAGAAUGUGGACCCCGAGUGGGUGGAGGAGAGGUUCAGGAUCGACAGGAAGAAGCUGGAGACUAUGUUGUAUGCUCCAAAGCAUGAAGAUGGAGAGACGGGCGAGGAGUUCUUUGAGAGGGUGAUGAGGGAGACGGGCACUCAGGUGAAAUGGCCAUCCAAGCUGAAGAUAGGAGCCAAGUCAAAGAAAGAUCCACAUGUAAAGGUGGAAGGAAAGAGAGCAAAUGUUGCAGAAGCCAAAAAGAAGAUUUUAGAAGUUCUGGAGACCAGAGUCAACAAGGUGACUCUUAAAAUGGACGUGGCCUAUACAGAGCACUCCCAUGUGAUUGGGAAAGGUGGUGGAAACAUCAAAAAGGUGAUGGAGGUCACCUCCUGCCACAUCCACUUCCCCGACUCCAACCGCCACAACUCCAACGGAGAGAAAAGCAACCAGGUGUCCAUCGCCGGGCCCGUAGAGGGAGUGGAGGAAGCCAGGAGGCGGAUAAGAGACCUCCAGCCACUGUCCUUGACCUUUGACUUGCCAGUCAGUCUGGUGCCUCAGACGCUGCCGGACGCGGGCUCCCCGCUCAUCCAACAGGUAGUCCAGACUCUCGGGGUCAGUGUGAGCUUCAGGGCCGCGCCGCCCCAGCCUCAAGCCCAGCCUCAGUUUUACGGAAGCUGCUGCACCGUCUGGGGGCUGCAGGGCAACGCAGCUGCUGUCAAGAAAGCGACCUGCGUUCUGAUGGACCUGCUGCUGGGAUCGGAGGUCACAGGCGGUAUUGUGAGCAGCCAGCUGGACGUCACCUCCCAGCAGCACCUCUUCUUGCUGGGGCAGAACGGAGCACACUUCUUGAGCGUCAUGCACCAGACCCAGACCCAGAUCAUCCUGCCGGACCUCAGUGGUCCUCAGAGUCCUCCCUCACUGCUCAUCCAGGGAACCCCAGACGGAGUGUGUCUGGCUCGGCAGCAGCUCAUGGACUGUCUGCCGGUGUGUUUGAUGUUCGACAUGCGUGAAGACGGCGAGUCAGAUCCUUGCAAGCUAGCUCAGAUGAUGCAAAACCUGGGAGUCUUCAUUAGUGUCAAGCCCAAACUAAAACAGACCAGCAAGUCAGUGGUGGUGAAGGGUCUGGAAAGGAACAUCUCUUGCCUUUAUGAGGCCCGCUGUCUCCUCUUGGGGCUGGAUUCCUGUGAGGCUGCCAAGGUGACCGAAGUCACCCCUGACCCCGUGCUCUCCGGCAGCGCGCUGACCAACUAUUGGCUCAACAUGUUGCUGCAGCAGCUUCGUCUCUCUGAGCAGGGCACGCUGCCUCCUCAACUAACGGAGUUGCUGGCUUGUACUAAGUCCCGGCCUUCUCCACCACCAGGCCUUACAUCUCACACAGAGGAGGGGAGAACAGGACUGAAGGGAACAGAUGGUCGGCCACUGGAGAAGAUACUUGAAAAUGACGACCAGUCCGGCCAAUCAGACGACGAGAGCUCUGAGGUCAUGGUGAUGUCACCAUCUGAGGUGUGUGAAGCAGUCAACAACGGCAUCAGCAGGAUGGGACUGAACUGCCGGAGGGGGAGUCUCCAGGGUCCUGAAAUUAUCAAGGUUUUCUGCCAGGGCAGACGGCAUUCAACAGGACAGGCACUAACCAACAGACUGCUGAACGCAGACGUUGAAGGAGGGAGGAUCGAGCGGAGGAACAGCCUCAGGAGAGACGUGACUCUGGCUCAGAAUGUUCGGGCUGACUCAUCCAAGGCCGAGGAUUAUGACUACGAGAAGAAGAAACUGCUGGCAACCCGAGCCAUGCAGAGGAAGCCAGUGGUCACAGAGGUCCGGACGCCCACGGACACCUGGAGCGGCCUCGGCUUCUCCAAAUCUAUGCCAGCCGAGGCCGUCAAAGAGCUCCGCAACAUCAGCCGGCGCAGCUACAAACCCUAUCUGAGCGCCGCCGCCAGCGCCGGCAACCAGCAACAGUUGUGGGCUGCUCAGACGGGGAAGGUGUGUAACGGGAGUGACUCCGAGAACUGGAGAGACAGACGUGGAUCCACGUCGUUAACCCUGCCCGUCUCUUCUUCCGCCGCCUCCUCCUCCUCCUCCUCCUCUUGCUCCUCCUCCUCCUCCCCGUCCUCUCCACCGUCCACUUUCUCCUCGUCCACCUCAUCCUUUCCCACGUUUGCAUCCUCAGUGAGCAGAAGCAGAAACGACAAACCCUCGGAGACCUUCGUGAGCAGCAGCAGCUACUACGAGAGCGUCUGCUCUUCGAGGAGGGCGUCAACCUGCAGUCAGCGGAGCCCUUCCCCUAACAUGAUGGACGACCUACCUGAGCUGCUCAGCCAGCUCGGCCUCCUCAAGUACAUUGACGUGUUUGAAGAACAAGAGAUCGACUACCAGACAUUCCUCACCCUGUCUGAUGAAGACCUGAAGGAAGUGGGAGUCUCCACCUUUGGAGCAAGACGCAAGAUGCUGUUAGCAAUCUCAGACCUGAACAGGAGCAAGAGGAGGCUCUCGGACACGCCCGCGGUGAAGCCCGGCUACCUGGAAGGCGGUGCUAGCGGUAGACUUCCACGAAUCGUGGACCUGGAAGUUGCGGCUCAGAGUAACCGCUGGUGAGACGAGACACCAACCAGCCGUGACCCUCCCUCUGACCCGCGUGGAGAAACUAUAGAGCGAGGCUGUUGCCAGUACAAAAGUCUUAUCUUCUGAUUAUUUACCACGAAAAGAGAGAAUUGCCCUGAAGAGCUGCAAACUGUACCUAAACAUUCACACCCAGUGUCUUUCUUCUACAGCCAUAACCCAAAGCGUUACUGACAUGUAAAUUCAAGACAAGGAAGUUUCCCUUCCACACCUCUGAUUUUACGAGAAACAAACUCCUUAAAGCGAAAAAAAUGAACAUGUGAACGUGUUGAUUGUAGUUCCUUGUGGCGCCUAAGUGCCUUUUUUAUGCAAACUCGCCAUGUUACCCACAACAUGUAUGCAAUUGUAAAUAGACAUUUAUGAGGAAAUUUUCAUUAUUAUAGGGAUGACAUGUAAAAAAGGUUGCUGUUAAGCCUAAUCCUUGAAGUCUGUCUUAGUGAAGCAUGCAUUUAUCAGAGAGUAGAGAUAAGAGGACAGAGAAAAUAGCAAAUGACACGAUAAUAAAUGUUCAGGGCCUCUUUGCGGUUGCAUGGUCUGCAUCUUGCGCCCUUAAGCCGGGGCACUCAGCAGGACGGGACUUUUUAUCUGUCAAAAUGUCACCAGCUGUGUCGUCGCCUUGUCCUCUAUUUAAAACGGAGAGCUUACCAGCAGAGGGCACUGGUGUCACACACUGUGUUUACAAAUUCAAGUCAUAUUUGUGUUGCAUGAAAAAUAAUGAAUUUGCUUCACAGUGACAAGAGCAUUAAACUCCUGAUGAACAGGGUGGCGUUAGCAUUGAACUAUAAAGUAGCAACGAUCAUAGAAGAAAAGCUUAAUUUGGAAAUCAUAAAUAGGUAAAUAAAUGUGUAAGUGAGUAA